UGGCGUUUGAUUUUCUAAGACCCCUUACCAUGAUAGCCAAAAGCAGAAAACACACAAAAAAAUUAUAAAAUUAAUGAAAAGAAAGCGCAGUCACACGUAGCCGCUCUCGAGUUUUCCCUCCCUGUCGGCUCUCUGCGCCGCCGCCAUGGAGGACAACGACGACUGCCCUCCCCUCGCCGUCGAGCUCCCGCCGCAGGUUCCAUCUCCUCCGGCGCCAGCUCCUCCGGAUGCGUCGCCAGUUGGCGUUACCGUCAUCACCGGCUACCUCGGGGCCGGCAAGUCCACGUUAGUCAACUACAUUUUGAAUGAACAACAUGGAAAGAGAAUCGCCGUGAUACUAAACGAGUUUGGAGAAGAGAUUGGGGUUGAAAGGGCGAUGAUCAAUGAGGGUCAAGGUGGUGCACUUGUUGAGGAAUGGGUGGAGCUGGCAAAUGGAUGCGUCUGUUGCUCUGUAAAACACAGCCUGGUUCAAGCACUUGAGCAGCUUGUGCAGAGAAAGGAUAGAAUGGAUCAUAUAUUACUUGAAACAACAGGUUUGGCUGAUCCUGCACCACUUGUCUCUGUUCUUUGGCUAGACGACCAACUGGAAUCAUCAAUUAGACUGGAUUCUAUUAUUACGGUCAUUGAUGCAAAAAAUUUCAGGGUUCAGAUUGAUGAGCACAAAAACUCCUCCUCAUUCCCUGAAGCAUUUCAUCAAAUUGCAUUUGCGGAUGUUGUGAUAUUGAACAAAAUUGACCUAGUGAAGGACAACGUUGAGGAUUUGGAAAAACAUAUUCAUGAUGUGAAUGCUCUGGUUACAGUGGUGCGGUCUGUCCGGUGCCAGGUUGACUUGAAUGAAAUAUUUAACAGGCAAGCAUAUGGUGCCAAGAAUUCUUCUCAUCUGCAAGAACUGCUGGACUAUAGUAAAUCAAUACCACCUAACCGCCGUCAUGAUAAUAGUAUUUCCACCUUGUGCAUCUACGAACAGGAUCCGGUUAACUUGGCUAAGGUGGAAUCGUGGCUCGAAGAUCUUCUUUGGGAAAAGAAAUCUAGUAUGGAUAUAUAUCGUUGUAAAGGGAUUUUACAUAUCCAUGACUCAGAUCAAGUUCAUACAUUACAGGCAGUGAGGGAAGUCUACGAAGUUAUGCCGGCUCGAAAAUGGUCCGAGACAGAGUCUCGCAUGAACAAGAUAGUCUUCAUAGGCCGCAAUUUGGAUAUCAAUGCUCUCCAAGAUUCAUUUUCUGGUUGCAAGGGCUGAUAACGAUUAUCCUGUUUCUCUUGCACAAUGUACCUCUGUGUAAUGCUGAACUGAAUUGGCACAUAUGGGUCUAAACUCAUCAGUUUAAGUGCUCCAUAUGUAUAUUUCGCCAGUGGAGAAUCUUCAUAGUGGGGAAACAACUCAUUAUUCCAAGAUUAAGAGAAGGAUUGAACUGGUCGUGGUGCCGUAAUAGCAUGUUAGUGCUUCUCCAACGGCACCACGGUAGAGUUUUUUCUGCUGAGCUGCUUUCUGCUCAAUUGAGAAUGCAACUGGUGUGCGUUGUGGAUGAGGCAUGUAUCUUAUUAUGAGCUGCACUUUGUGGAAGGAGUUAACUUCGAGGUGUAUGCAAGCUGAUCGAAGACACGCUGAAUACAAGGACAGUGGCGUAAAUUUUGCAUGAGGUAGGAACUGAGAUACAUUGGGUUAAUUUUGUUUUGUGAAUUGUUGGCCUCUCUUGGAUCUGGUCUGGCAUCUGUAUUCUGCUCAACUUCACGGAAGAGGCAGCGCAGCUAAGAUAAACUACUGCUGCUUGCGGAGUGAUUUCCCGUCAUAAACUGCUGAUCACUGGAGCUCACAGUGCAUGUGGCUAAGUUAAGUAGGAUACCGAAGAGUAUCACAUUUUUUUUGUCCUACGCGCAGAUCCUAGGAACUAUUGAUGGAAACACAAUGGAUUGGCUGCACAAGAACUACAAUGUAAACCUUUCAUACC